GGUGGGGAGGGACUCAGCAACAACGAGCAAAGUGCUGGAACAGUGCGGUCUCUGGAACAACUGGUCCCCACAAAGGUUAGAAAUAUGGGUUUCGUGGCCCUUGAAACGAAAACAAGAGCCAAUUUUUCCCGAAACUGGCAGUUGUUAACUACGCAGUGGACGAAGACUGGUUUCAUUUAAUGGUGUAAUACGUGAGUUAUUUGGAGUUUGACAUGUGGGAGAUGGUGGGUUUGUCGAGAUCCUCGUUGUCUAAGAGAACAAGAUGGCAGCAUUGCAGGCAAACCGAGCAUGGUGUAUGACCUCACACGUUUUGGUCUACCCACCACACGUUUAUCAAACCCAAACAAGUGCCUUUUGCAGUGUGAAGAAACCCACAGUUGAGCUCAAUCGCUGUGUUUUUCAUAGGAGGACCCUGCAGACCUAUAUAAUUGGAGUAAACCUUGGCAUUGCUAAGCCUACCAAUAUCCUCCUUUCAAUUAAGACGAAAGUGUCUUGUAGACCCCAGAGUGGGCAGGACUUAUCUUUGCAGGCAGCUACAUCCCUGAAAGAAGUACCCCCCCCCCCCUGUCAAGGCAAGGGUCCAGAGAAGCUGAGGCUGCAGGGGGACAGCAGUGUAGGUGCAGUCACCCUGGGUUUCGGGGACUGUGGCUAGAGAAGCAGCAGUGAACAAGGUGAAGGAGGUAGUUCAAACCUCCACUGUGCUCUAAUUGGACAGCUUCCUGCGAUGUGGGCUGAACUGUAAGGGUGAGUGGAGAACAGUGGGAAAGCCAUGCAGAUAGUGGAGGACAUUUCCAUGAUACCUGCCAUGUUGCAAACUAAUGUAGGGAACAAGAACACCAUGGGGGCAGUGUCCCCCAAACAGAAUGUUGUUGGGACUGGGGCUCGUAAUGCGGCAGGGGAUGGGGACUACCAGUUGGUGCAGCACGAGGUCUUGUGCUCCAUGAAGAACACUUAUGAGGUGCUGGAGUUCCUAGGUCGUGGCACCUUCGGACAGGUGGUGAAGUGUUGGAAGCGAGGCACAGGGGAGGUUGUGGCUAUCAAGAUCUUGAAGAACCACCCAUCGUAUGCAAGGCAGGGCCAGAUUGAGGUGGGCAUCCUUGCCCGUCUGAGUGGGGAGAACGCUGAUGAGCACAACCUGGUGCGGGCAUUCGAGUGCUUCCAGCACCGCAGCCACACUUGCCUGGUGUUUGAAAUGCUGGAGCAAAACCUCUAUGACUUUCUCAAGCAGAACAAGUUCAGCCCGCUGCCAUUGAAGGUGAUCAGACCGGUCUUACAGCAGGUGGCCACUGCGCUGAAGAAGCUCAAGAGCUUGGGCCUGAUCCACGCUGACCUGAAGCCGGAGAACAUUAUGCUGGUGGACCCGGUGCGACAGCCUUACCGGGUGAAAGUGAUCGACUUUGGCUCUGCCAGCCACGUGUCCAAAGCCGUGUGCUCCACGUACCUGCAGUCACGCUACUACAGGGCUCCAGAGAUCAUCCUGGGCCUGCCGUUCUGUGAGGCCAUCGACAUGUGGUCCCUGGGCUGUGUCAUCGCUGAGCUCUUCCUGGGAUGGCCCCUCUACCCAGGUGCACUGGAGUAUGACCAGAUUCGCUACAUAUCUCAGACACAAGGGUUGCCAGGGGAGCAACUGCUGAACGUGGGGACCAAGACUCCCCGCUUCUUCUGCAAAGAGUCUGACUCGCCUUAUGCUCCCUGGAGACUGAAGCUGACAGGGGAACAUGAAACUGAGACUGGGAUGAAAUCCAAAGAGGCCAGGAAGUACAUCUUUAGCAGUCUAGAUGACAUGGCACAUGUGAAUCUGGUGCUGAACAUGAAGGGCAGUGACUCGUUGGCGGAGAAGGCUGACCGGAGGGAGUAUGUGGGCCUGCUGAAGACCAUGUUGCUAAUUGAUGCUGAGAAGAGGAUUGCUCCCUCCGAUGCCCUCAACCAUCCCUUUGUCACCAUGGAGCACCUCCUCGACUUCCCCCACAGCAAUCAUGUUCAAUCAUGUUUCCAAAUCAUGGAUGCCUGUCAAUCACGGCCCAACACGUACAACACACUCAACCGCAACAAAGCCCUGUUCCCCAGACCCUCAACCAACUCAGCUGGACUGCCGAUGGCCUUCAGUAAGAUGGGAUCAGUUCGCUCUCAGGCUUUGACGCAAUCUGCUCCCUCUGUGAUGCAUCCUGGGAUGCUGCAGACAGGAACCAGUCAGUUUGGAUGUAAUGACUCCUUUCAGCCAGCCCUCAUCCUCUGCCCCCCAGCCAUACAAGGUAAUCCAAACCAGCCAGGAUAUACAGUUAGGAUGGAAAACACAAUACCAAUGGUGACCCAAGCCCCUCCCAUACAGCCUUUACACAUGCGACCCGGAGUCAUAGCACAGCAACCGUGGUCAAGUAGAAACCAGCAGAUCCUAAUACCAGCCUGGCAGCAAGUGGCUCCCCCUCCCACCACUAUGGCUUCUGAUACUGCGGGUGGCCCACAGAGGCUCAGUGACUGGGGGAAAGUUCGGCAACACAGCAACCAUUACAGCAACAUGAUGCAGCCUCUUCUAACCAACCAAAUGGCCAUGUCUGGUCCACAACCAAUCAACAUUGGCAUUGCACACGUGGUGUGGCCACAGCCGCACGCCAACAAUAGGAACCGGCCCAGUCAGAGCCGCAGCAUGCACUACUCCCACAACAAUGGCAACAUCCAAAUCUCAAUGUGCCGCUCUCCAAAGAUGGCCGACCGUGUUAGUCACACAGGAGGAGGAGGAGAUGGUUCCCGUGGGGAGAGGCCUGAGGUGGAGGUUCAGCAGGAAAGACGACAUGAGGAGGAGGUGAGCUGCUGUAAGGCAGUGGAGGAUGAGAGGAUAGACAUGUCCCACCAGCAGCGAGAGUCUGUGGUCAUCGACGACCUGCCCAGCCCCACCAUCAGCGUCAUCAGCAGUGACACGGACGGAGAGGAGGGUUCCUCUUGCAGGUUCAAAGGCAGCCCUGACUGCGAGGCGUGUAAGAGCUCUCUGAACAUGGAGCGGGUGUGUUCCCUCAGCAGCCCAGACAGCACCCUGAGCACCAGCUCCUCUGCCUCGGUGCAGUCCAGCCCGUCCCCCUGUAAGAGGCCCAACAGCAUGUCUGAGGACGAUGGUCAUGAGAGUGGCUGCGAGACGGUAGACGGUUCCCCUGCCUCGGACUCCAGCCGGAGCCAGAGCCCCUACCUGGAGAGCCGCUACCUAGGCAACCACAGCCAUCAAUCUCUGAGCAUGAGUACGAGUGGCAUGGCCCCCCAGAAGGAGCCCAGCAAUCCCCCUGUGAGAACCAUGGUGGUGCCACCUUUGAAGGUGGUGCUGAACAACAACAACAUGGACCUGCACACAGACCGAACGGUCUUCGAAUCCUCAUGCCAGUCCAAAAGGCGCUGUGCCCCUGGACGACUGAACCACCACCACCCCCGGCAGCAACAGAAGAUGACCACAUUCCAGCAGCAGCCCCUGGGCUUUGGCCAGCCUCAGGUCCAGCAAUACAGCUCCUGCCACAAGGAAUGGAACGGAAAUUAUGGGCUGCAUCGGCGGCCACACGCUUACAUCCCUCCCACGGUACACGGCCACGCUUUCACCCCCACCCACAACUCGGGGCCUCACCCCCAGACCACCCUGCUCUCCUAUCCUCCCUCUGCGCCCGUCGCCCACCUCCUGGCCUCGCCCUGCGCCCAGCGGCCCGUCCUACAACCCGCCUUUGGCAUCUCCCACCCUGGCAGCAUUGUCCACCAGGUGACCAUGGGCAUCAACCACCGCCUGCUGCCCUCACCCACCAUCCACCACCAGGGCCAGUUUGGGCCCCUCUUUCCUCCACACUCCUACAUCGCCUCGCCAGCCUAUACAGGCUUCCCCCUCAGCCCCACCAAACUCAACCAGUACCCUUACCUCUGAGCACCAGCCGCCCAGGGCCAUAGGCCAGCAAGGGCAGCCGAAGUGACAACGUUAACCAAGGCCUUCAUCCGUCAUCUCUCAAGUUAUGACAGAGAAAGAACCCCCCCCCCCCUCCAGGCUUCAACAAAUCAUGUUGGUUGAUGAUGAUAGGAUUUAAACCUGGGGGAAAAAAAUAUUGAAAAAAGAAUGAAUCAACGAUUAAGAAAUUCUCACUUUUAAUGGGUUUUUGCACUUUUUGUGCUACAGUGUCAUUUGGAGCG